CUUUUUUGGUAUAAAAGGCACCGUCCCCUAGACACCCCACCCGCUCCACUUUCCUCUCUCCCACUCAUCUCUCUCACCAACACCCUAAUACCCACACGUAUACAUACAUAUAUCCAACAAUGAAGUUCCUCGCCACCGUCGCCAUCGUCGCCUCCUCCUUGGCCGCCAUCGCCACCGCCGACAUGCUCCAGAUCAACAACCCUACCCAGGGCUCGACCUGGACCACUGGCAAAUCCGAGUUCGUUGGCUGGACCGGCAACUGCGCUUCCAUGGGUGAUGCUGGAAAGAACGUUACCGUCGAUCUCGUCACCGGUCCUGCGAGCGCCGUCCGCUACGUCGCCACCCUCGGAACACUCGACUGCAGUGGCUCCUUGACCCGCGCUGACUUCACCGUCCCCGACAGCAUCGCCACUGGCCAGUACGCCAUCAUUGUCCGCACCCAGCCCCAGGGACAGGAGUCUUACACCAACAACUUCCAGAUCAACAGCGGCGCCGUUGCCCCCGCACCGGUCACACCUACCACCACUGCUGGAGCAACGACCGCAGCCCCCACGGCCACGGCCACGGCCACGAACAAGCCCAGCGGUGCUGGAUCCUUGGGCGCUAACGUCAUGAUGGCCUUUGCCGGUGCCGCUGCCGUCGCAUACCAGCUCCUUUAAUUGAGGAACAAAAAAAAAAAAAAAAAAAAAAA